UUUGGUUUGAAAAUUGUUGCAAAAACUGGGAUGUUUCCAGCUUUUUUGAACAAUUUCAUAAAUUUGGCGAUAAAGAUGAAGGUAAUAAGAGCAGCAUAGCAUCGUUUGCAACUCUCGCCGUAGUCCUCGAUCAAAAAGUAAAGCCAGAAGGCGCAAGAGAUCUGCAAAACCGCCGCGCAAAAAGAUCCGGCGCAGAUUCUUAAUCAGCAGCGAUAAAGUUAAAAAUUAAGUAAGAAGAUACUAGGUUAGUGAAAAAUACUGCCCCACGUCUAUUCAGCCAAAGCCGUUUUUUUUUGAGAAUUUCUCAUUUGUGGCGAUUGUGGAUUCCGCCCCGUCUCGUCGUUCCGGUUUCUGAUCGCGGUCCCGGUUUCUCUUGUGCGGAAAAGGACAAUUCGAAGGACGAAAAAUACAGAGUCUCCCACGGAUCAUGGCUUCCACGAUGCAGCUCGAGUUCUCGCAGGCCAUGUCCGACUUUAAGAAUAUGUUCCCGGACAUGGACCGGGAUGUGAUAGAGGCCGUACUGCGCGCUAAUCAGGGCGCCGUGGAUGCCACUAUCGACCAGCUUCUAGCCAUGAGUACGGACAAUCAGAACGAAAAACUUCGCAACGAACUGGAGACCGAUGGAAGUGGCCCAAAACACACCGACCAACAAGAACCGCCGCUACUGGACUUGUCCAGUGGUGGAGAGGCUGCCGGAGCCGAACGCUUCCUCAGCACAUCGCCAGCGAACGCGGUUGCGCAACAGCUGGGCGCUUCUCCAAAGGUUCGCAAACCGUCGCCACUUGGCGGUGCCCGGAGUCCUGGCCACAGUGCCACCAACAGUCCCCGGCAAGGCCAGCAACCAGUUCCGGUAGGCGAUGGCGAGGCACGUUCUGCUUCCGCUGCUGCAACGAGCCGUCGUUGGAAUCCACCACUAGUGGGACCACUUCCGGCGACAUUCCUGCGACUGGGAGGAACGGCCGGUGUAAGUGGUACGAUCGGUCCCGACGGUACAUAUCGAAGCGCAGAGCUGGACCUGGGGGACGAGCAGUUCGCGAUGAUGCUGCAAAAUGAGGAGUUUAUGGCCGAGCUGCGCUGGAACCAGGAGUUUCUGUCCGCUCUGGAGAAGGACCAUCAAGGUAAGGUACAGGAUGAUGCCGCGUUCAAGGAACGGCUGCGUCAUAUGGGAAAGGUUUCGAGGAAAAAGUUCGCACAGCUGGCCCGUGUCUUCACCUGGCAGCGGGGCACGAACAAGAAGGCCAGCACGGUGCGACAUCCGGACUCGUUGCUGCUUCAGGAGGAACACAGUGACGACGAUGAACCGAAGCGUGCUGGCAAGAAAUAGAACGUGGCGUUUGAAGUGUCGAAAUGACCCCGUUCGUUACGACCCGGGCACGUCGCACGGGUAUCGGCCGGCAGCGUGCGACCUUAGCAAUCGUUUAAUGCGAGAGAUGAAUCUUGGAAUUUUGUUUUUUAGUCUGUAGAGUAUGGUACCGAUUAUCUGGGACUAGGCAAUGUACGAGACUGUGUUUUUUCCACCAUUUAUUCUCUUUAACUAUCGGCCCUUCUGCCCUUUUCUCACUUUUAUGAUGCACCGAUACAAGAUGGGCACUGGGCUGAAUAUCAGACUUAGACGGGGCAGGGGAAUGUUCAAGGAUGAGCGUGUGAAAUGGGACGGUGUGUUGUUACUUGGUUUGUAGUUCCAUCUACGGUGAUCAUUGAUUCACCGCAGUUUUAUUGUUUUAUCUUAAUCUCCUGCUAACGAAAUCUUGAAUGCAUCAUGUUUGUUAUGUUUGGCAUUUGUCCUUUAACAGUUUUUAUUUUCCUGUUCAAGUGCUAUGAUGUUGAAACAUUCCAAAAAUGUUCUUAUUUUUGUUACAUUAUUAUUUACUAUAGUUUUUAGGUUUUGUUAUUGAUUGAUUCACUUUGGAGACAACACCUUCGUGUUUUACCGUGUCACCGAUAGCAUUCAAGCGAAUCCUAUAUAAAUAGCAUCUGAUUAAACUUAUAUUGAAACGAUGGCAGACAGAGGCACGAUGCCGUGCAAUGAGAGUGCAACUACAAAAGAGAAACCAUACAAAAUCAGAAAUCGAUCAUUAUUGUGCAAAGAAAACCCCCCUCUAUGGUACUAGUCAUUACAAGAUAGAGAAGAUAUGGAACAGAAUGGUUCUCAAAAAAGGAGAAUCUUUGAACAGUGUUAAGUCACUUAGAAUUCAGAAUCUCCAACCAGUUCUAUGCCGUAGUUUGGCGCAUAGAGUGAAGCUAAACAUAUUUCAUUGCAAACGAUAGUGCAAACAGAGAAGGGCAAGUGGAAGCAAAAAUCUCUUCUUAAAACAAAUCUAUAUGACCUAUAUACGUGAAUGAACGAACAUGUUUGCCGACGUUAACCUCCUUUUCGAUAAUUAUUGUUUGAUAAUCGCCCAGUGCAAUAGGCACUUAGCAUUUCGCAGGUUCGUUAAACCAUCUUUAUUGUGUUGCCAUCUGCGUAAUUGCUGGGCCUUCUUCGUUUCACCAAGGCAAUUUAGGCUAAAGCAAGCAACUUCAAUGAUAGCAUUGUAUCAAGCUAUAAGAACGAAAACUUCCUUUACAGAACGCGAUACCAAAUGUUAGUUUUUAGUGUAUAUUAGAGCAAAUCGGUUCCAACUAAGUAAUCGAGUAAACGUGAUAAUCCUUCAUUAAUUUUCGAAGAUUUCCAAGCAAAACGAGCUUCUCAUGAAUGCUUUCAAUUCAUUCUGUCUGCAGUCUGUUUGCUUACUGAUCAUUUUCUGAAAACAGCAUCAAUUAACGCAACAUACCCCCCCACCCAUCGUUAACAGUGCUAGAAUGCACGCUCGCUCGUAACAGCAAAGAUCAAAUUAUGUAAAUCAUGGUAGUCAGUCAACCAACAACCGCAGGACACAACAAUCACAACACCACACCAUAAGCUCCCAGUAGAGUGUGUCUGUGGGAUAUUGCAUUACACUAACUAUAGUUCAGGGGUCUGGGGGAUUAGAUCAGAGGCAACCAGUUUGGCUGAUGCAGAAGUCAUGGAAACAUCACGGAACUUAAGAAAAAAUCCCAAACCUACUGCAAUUAGAUGUAAAACGGCGUGAGAGUGAGAGUUUGUUUAUCUCGGUACUAAUGAAACGAAGAAGGUGACGUGAAAGGACUAGACAAGUUAAAGAAGAAUCUCUCCACACCAUAUACUAAUGUAGGAUAUAGACAAAAUGCCUAGUAAUAACCCUCUCCU